GGGAUUCCCGGGACCGUCGCAGGGAGCAGAGCUCGGCGCGCUCGGUGCGCGAUCUCGCCUGCCCCGGCGGUGCUCCUGGCCGCCGCGUCGGUCCGCUCGCUGGCCGGGUUCGGCUCCCCAGCCCGCCGUCCGGCUCCGAACCCAGACUCCACGGCCGCCGCGGGGAGCCGCCCACCCGCCCCUGCCCGGGGCCGCUCGCCGGCCCGACCCCGCCGUGGAUGUCACCUGGCAGGCGGCCGUCAUGGAGGGGGACGGUUCAGACUCGAUGGUUACCAUGAAGAAUAUCGAAAGGGAGCUUGUGUGCCCUGCCUGUAAGGAGCUGUUUACCCAUCCAUUGAUUCUCCCUUGUCAACACAGUAUCUGUCACAAAUGUGUGAAAGAGCUCUUACUGACGUUAGAUGAUUCCUUCAAUGACGUGGGGUCCGACAAUUCCAACCAGAGCAGCCCAAGGAUCCGGCUGGCUUCUCCCAGCAUGGAUAAAAUGGACAGGAUCAACAGACCAGGUUGGAAACGCAAUUCCUUGACUCCUAGAACAACUACUUUUCCAUGCCCUGGCUGUGAACACGACGUGGAUCUCGGAGAACGAGGAAUCAAUGGUUUGUUUCGGAAUUUCACUUUGGAGGCUAUUGUUGAGCGUUAUAGGCAGGCGGCCAGGGCAGCCACGGCUAUUAUGUGUGACCUUUGUAAACCUCCGCCCCAGGAGUCCACCAAGAGCUGUAUGGACUGUAGCGCCAGCUACUGCAAUGAGUGCUUCAAGAUCUACCAUCCCUGGGGCACCGUGAAAGCCCAACAUGAGUAUGUGGGACCCACCACCAACUUCAGGCCCAAGAUCUUAAUGUGCCCUGAGCACGAGACGGAGAGAAUUAACAUGUACUGUGAGUUGUGCAGGAGGCCCGUGUGUCACCUCUGCAAGCUAGGUGGUAACCACUCCAACCACCGCGUCACCAGCAUGAGCAGUGCCUACAAAACCCUCAAGGAGAAACUGUCGAAGGAUAUUAACUACCUUCUUGGAAAGGAGAGCCAGGUGAAGAGUCAGAUUUCUGAGCUGAACUUGUUGAUGAAAGAAACAGAGUGUAAUGGAGAGAGAGCUAAAGAAGAAGCCGUUGCACAGUUUGCAAAGCUCCAUGGGCUUCUGGAAGAGAGGAAAUCAUCUGUCUUGAAAGCAAUUGAUGCGUCUAAGAAACUGAGAUUAGACAAAUUCCAAACUCAAGUGGAAGAAUAUCAGGGGCUUCUUGAGAACAGCGGACUGGUGGGCUACGCUCAAGAAGUGCUGGAAGAGACGGAUCACUCUUGUUUUGUUCAGACAGCGAAACAACUCCACCACAGGAUACAGAAAGCCACUGAGUCUUUGAAGAGCUUCCGGCCAGCGGCUCAGACUUCAUUUGAAGACUAUGUUGUUAACAUAUCCAAGCAAACUGAGCUGCUUGGAGAACUGUCCUUCUUCUCCAGUGGCAUAGAUGUGCCAGAGAUCAAUGAGGAGCAGAGCAAAGUGUACAACAAUGCUCUGAUCAGCUGGGACCACCAGGAGAAGGAUAAGGCUGAUAACUAUGUCCUUGAGUACCGGAAGGUCACCAGAGAUGAUGAAAUGCUAUCCUGGAAUGAGGUCGAGGUGCUCGGCACCAGCAAGGUCAUCUCAGACCUGGAGAACAACUGCCUCUACGCCUUCAGGGUCCGCGCCUACAAGGGCUCCAUCUGCAGCCCCAACAGCCGGGAGCUGAUCCUUCACACACCCCCCGCGCCAGUGUUCAGCUUCCUGUUGGACGAGAAGUGCGGCUACAGCAGCGAGCACCUGCUCCUGAGCCUGAAGCGGGACCGUGUGGACAGCCGUGCCGGCUUCAACCUGCUGCUGUCGGCUGAGCGCAUCCAGGCGGGUGCCUACACCAGCCUGGACUACAUCGUGGGCGAUGUGGGCAUUGCCAAGGGGAAGCACUUCUGGGCCUUCCGCGUGGAGCCCUACUCGUACCUGGUCAAGGCAGGCGUGGCCUCAGCUGAGAAGCUGCAGGAGUGGUUCCGCUCUCCAUCUGACUCAGGCAGCCCCAGGUAUGAGCAAGACAGCGGCCACGACAGCGGCAGCGAAGAGACCUGCUUUGACUCGGCCCAGCCCUUCACGCUGGUCACUCUGGGCAUGAGGAAGUUUUUCGUGCCCAAGUCGUCCCCCUCGGCGAGCGGGUCCGAGGCCCGCGUGCUGCCCAUGCCCAGCAGCAUCGGGGUGUGCCUGGACUGCGACCAGGGCCAGGUGAGCUUCUACGACAUGGAGCACAUGCGCUGCCUGUACGAGCGGCCCGUGGACUGCUCCCACACAAUGUUCCCCGCCUUCGCGCUCAUGGGCAGCGGCGCCGUCCAGCUCGAGGAGCCCAUCACGGCCAAGUACCUCGACUACCCAGACGACAUGUAGGCUAAGCAUCGGAUGGGACUUAGGAUAAGGAGAGACGGGAAGGAGUGAA